AUGCACACCUCCGUUUCGACGCACUUGUCGUACAAGUAUUUUAACGAAAGCUCCGGGCUAUUUGAGCCGAACAUUUUUGAGUACCAGCAUCGAGUGGGAUUAUAUCCCGAAAGAAAAGCAAAUUUUUUCCUAACUUUUGUGGUGUUGUUCAGAGCUAUCCAAAAAAUCAGCCCAAUUAUUCACUCCAAUUACGAUUUUCGACUGAAGGAGUCACCUGAUGAUGAGCAAAAGACUAAAGAUAUCUUCCAGAAGAUCUCAAAGCUUUCGUUGAAAUGCCCAAACCUUUUCAAUGAAAAAUUGCUAUUUAACACAAAAAGCAAUCCAGAUGCCCUUCUUUUGAAGCAAUCGCUCAGGGACCAUUUUCAGAAUAUAUCGCGGAUUUUGGAUUGUGUUGGGUGCCAACGGUGCCGUCUUUGGGGCAAAAUCCAAAUCAUUGGAUUGGGAACAGCCUUAAAGAUCCUAUUUUCGUAUCCGGAAGAUAUCACCAAAUGUUCUCUUUCUCGCGUGGAGCUCGUUGCACUGUACAAUACGCUUGGAAAAUAUUCGGAGACUCUAUUUUUCAUCCAAAGGCUCGAUAGUUUGGUGGCCGAAUCCGGUGUUUCUGGAGAAAAAACAGAAGCACCUACAUCUUGGAAUGACGUGGCAUUUUCUUGUCUUUUGGCUUUUAUUUUUGCACUUUUGUUAUUGGUUUUUUGCAGUUGUUUAUACAUUCGAUAUAGAAAAGGGGCAAUCAAAGCGUGUUCCCUCUCUUGUUCAUCCGAAUCUGCCGAAAACUCGAUUUAUGCUUUAAAUGAAAAUUCCCCAUUGAAAACACAUGGUUCCACGGGAAGACUCCAGAAAAGACUGAAUAGGAGCACAGGGUCUCUUUUUGAAGAAGAAGAAGAAUAA